UUAGUAGGUCCUUGACGGAGCAAAGCGAAGCGAAGCAUGAGGAGGUGCCGGCAGCGCGGGCGGGGGCACAGACCGGCUCCCCAGUGAGUGACGAGCCAGCGCCGCUUCCUCCGGCCGGCCGGCCCCGCUCGCCGUGUGUCACACACCCAGCCCCAUGAUUCAUCUCCUGGGCUGCUCCAAGCCUCCCGAGCUGCUCCCCAUCGCCCACGGGGGGGCCGGUCCAAGCAGCCCCCCGCGCUCGGGGCUUGCAGGACGCGAUGGGAAGGCUCAGCGUGGCUCUCGGGAUCCUCGCGCUCUGCGCUGCUGGCGCCUGGGGGGGUAACAUCUGCACCACCCGCGGGGUGAACUCCUGCAAGCAGUGCCUGGCUGUGAGCCCUCUCUGUGCCUGGUGCUCUGCCGAGGUCUUGGCACCAGGGUCCCCUCGCUGUGACCUGCACACCAACCUCCUGGAGAACGGCUGCGGGCACGACUACAUCGAGUCCCCCAGCAGCAGCGUGACCAUCCUGGAGGCCAGACCCCUCAGCGACAAGGGCUCAGGGAGCUCCAUCACCACCCAGAUGAGCCCCCAGAGAAUACGGCUGAACCUGCGGCCGGAUGAUUCCCAGAUCUUCCGUGUCCAAGUGCGACAAGUGGAAGACUACCCCGUGGACAUCUACUACCUGAUGGACCUGUCCAACUCCAUGAAGGACGAUCUGAGGAACAUCCAGAACCUGGGCACAAAGCUGGCCAGUGAGAUGCGCAAGCUCACCAGCAACCUACGCAUCGGCUUUGGAGCCUUUGUGGACAAGCCCAUUUCCCCCUACAUGUACAUCUCCCCUCCAGAAGCCAUCAUCAACCCUUGCUAUGAGAUCGGGGAAACCUGCCUGCCCAUGUUUGGGUACAAGCACGUCCUGUCGCUCACGGACGAGGUGACCCGCUUCAACGAGGAGGUGCGGAAGCAGAGCGUCUCAAGGAACCGUGAUGCGCCUGAGGGUGGCUUUGAUGCCAUCAUCCAGGCCACCGUGUGCGAUGAGAAAAUCGGCUGGAGGAAUGAUGCUUCCCACCUCCUCGUCUUCACCACGGAUGCCAAGACCCACAUCGCGCUGGAUGGCAGGCUGGCAGGCAUUGUGCAGCCCAAUGACGCCCAGUGCCACAUUGACAAGGACAAUUUCUACUCUGCCUCCACCACACUGGACUAUCCCUCUCUGGGCCUGAUGACUGAGAAGCUCUCCGAGAAGAACAUCAACCUGAUCUUUGCUGUGACAGAUACAGUGGUUGGCCUCUACCAGAACUACAGUGAGCUGAUCCCAGGCACAACCGUGGGCACCUUGUCCAGAGACUCCAGCAACGUCCUGCAGCUCAUAGUGGACUCCUACGGGAAAAUCCGCUCCAAGGUGGAACUGGAGGUGCGUGACCUCCCUGAAGAGCUGUCCCUGGCCUUCAAUGCCACCUGCCUCAACGACGAGGUCAUCCCUGGGCUCAAGUCUUGCGUGGGGCUCAAGAUUGGGGACACGGUGAGUUUCAGCGUCGAGGCCAAGGUACGGGGGUGCCCGCGGGAGCGGGAGAAGUCCUUCACCAUCAAACCCGUGGGCUUCAAGGACAACCUGACCGUGGUGGUGAACUUCGACUGCGACUGCUCCUGCGAGAGCCAAGCGGAGGCCAACAGCUCGUCCUGCAGCGGAGGCAACGGCACCCUGGAGUGUGGCGUGUGCCGCUGCAACGCCGGGCGCCUGGGCUCGCACUGCGAGUGCUCGGAGGAGGAGUACAACCCCUCGCAGCAGGACAACUGCAGCCCCCGGGCAGGCCAGCCCCUCUGCAGCCAGCGCGGGGAGUGCAUCUGCGGGCAGUGCGUGUGCCACAGCAGUGACUUCGGGAAGGUGACGGGCAAGUACUGCGAGUGCGACGACUUCUCCUGCGUGCGCUUCAAGGGGCAGAUGUGCUCGGGCCACGGGCAGUGCAGCUGCGGGGACUGCCUGUGCGACCCGGACUGGACCGGCGACUACUGCAACUGCACCACGCGCACCGACACGUGCAUGUCCAGCACCGGGCUGGUGUGCAGCGGCCACGGCUCCUGCGUCUGCGGCAAGUGCGACUGCACCCAGCCCGGCUCCUAUGGAGACACCUGCGAGAAGUGCCCUACCUGCCCGGAUGCCUGCACCAUCAAAAAGGAUUGUGUGGAGUGCAAGAAGUUUGAGCGGGGGACGCUGGUGGAGCAGCAGUCCUGCAGCCGCAUGUGCCGUGAUGAGAUUGAGACUGUGCAGGAGCUCGUUGACAGGGGCAAGGAUGCCGUGAACUGCACCUACAAGGAUGAGAAUGACUGCGUGGUGAGGUUCCAGUACUAUGAGGACUCCAGCGGCAAGUCCAUCCUCUACGUUAUCGAGGAGCCGGACUGCCCGAAGGGGCCGGAUGUCCUGGUGGUCCUGCUCUCAGUGACGGGCGCCAUCCUGCUCAUCGGCCUCGCUGCUCUGCUCAUCUGGAAGCUCCUCAUCACCAUCCAUGACCGUCGGGAGUUUGCCCGUUUCGAGGAGGAGAAGGCCAGAGCCAAGUGGGACACGGGCCACAACCCUUUAUAUAAAGAGGCUACAUCUACCUUCACCAACAUCACGUACCGCGGGAACUGAGGAUGCCGCAUGCAGCGCUGCCAUGGGAUCACCCUGUGUGCUCUGUUGGAGUCCAGUUUACAGAAGAGCUCGAGUGUGUUUCUGUGUGGGUGUGAAUGUCUGUGUGUAAUUUAACAACCCCUCGACUGCCUCCAGAGCCCUGUAACCGCAGGGAUGUGCUUUCCAUGGCAAACCUCUCGUCCUUACCUCGGUGGGUCGCCCCGCAGGAUCCGGCGGCCCCUCCAUACACUGAACACGGAGAAACGGGACUUUGUCUGCCUGGCCAGUUUGUCAACCCUUUGGUGCUCAUUGGGCCAGGUGGAUUUCAUGAGCAGAUGCUCAAACUAAGUGCUGAGCUGUGAUCUCCUGCUGGUGAAGCUCUGAUUGCUCCAAGCAUCCCUUCGUGAACUGGACAGAUGUGGAGCCCUUGGGCACAGGAGCCAUCCCUUGGCUUUGUGGGUUGAGGACACUGCUCGAGCAACCCACCAGCCCUGUGUUUCUGGUAAUACUCUGGCCCAGGAUGGUGUAAAGCAGCGCCCCAGCAUCAUGGUACCCUUCCUUUCAUGUUCCACCAUUGCCCAACCUUAUGUAGCAUCAGCUGUGCUGGUCCCAGCUGCAGCCCCUGGGCUGGUGCUAAGCUCCCCAUGUCCCCCUCCACUCUCCACUGUCUUCAUGCCACAACUCAUGCAGGUGCACAGGCAGCAGCCUCAGGAACGCCGUGCUGCCCAUUGUCCCCUGAGCCUGGCCACCUUUCUUCCUUUGCUGUGCUUUUUGGGCUGCAUAACUGCACCAAGCUUGGUUUUCUGGUUCUAGAGGAGCAGGCACCAUUCAGGUCGUGUCCUGCUGCCUGGAGCUCUGUUGUCCUGUUGGGAAAAACAAAGCAAUGUCCUGAUAGCAGAGUUUGCUGUAACAGUGCUGCUGCCCUGCCCCAGGGAGAGCACAGCGGCUCUAAGGGGUAGCUUCAUCCCCUUUGCACCAAAAAGCAUCAGUGCCUGGUGUGGGACUGGUCCCGAGGGCCCCAACUGUCUGAGCUGGUGGUGGCUCUGUCCCUGCUCCCUGGCUGUGUGGGAGCAGGGGCAGGGGUUGGAUGGGCAGCACCGGAGCAGCAGCGAUUCACACCAUGGAAAUAACCCUCGAUACAAUAAAAGAUGUCACACACA